CAAUCCACGACCAGCAAUCUCCCUCUAUAAUCUCGCCAAUCCUCUCCUCUCCUCACUCAUGGUCAGUCUCUUUACACUUCUUGCUCCCACCUUCAGAACCAUCCUUCCCUUCCCAGCCUUCCAGUCCUCUCUUCGGCGCGAUUUUUUUCUUGUCUGUUUCAGUCCAACGAGGGGCCAUCUACGUUCAGUCGAGGAUUUUUCAUGGCGGCUUCGUCGGUGGUCAGUCAAGGCGGCAGAGCCAUGAUGACGUCAACGCUCAUGCCAGCAGCCUGUCAGCUCUCCUUCGCCCUCCUCCACGUCGCCCAACGCUGCGCCGCGGAGCGCGCCGCCAAUCACACCGCAACACCGUGCGACGGCCACGUCAUCCAGCGUCGCGUCGCUUCUCUUCCAUCACUCCCGCUACAGUCGCUCCAUUUUAAUAAUCGCCGCGACGAAAGUUGCGCUCAAGUCGAAGCGGUGGCGUGCUACGUGGCUUCCGUCAAUCCCAGCGCGGCUUCGACCGUCCUCGCCGCCACUACCAUCAGCAGUUCAAUCGCAGUCUCUCGCCCUCCUGCGCUUGCCACUGCUAUGGGGACAGCUGCUGACAGCGCGAAUGCUGCUUCUUGGACCAACAUUUUGAAGGAUGCCACUUUUUCCGGCGCUUUCAGCGCAUGUCAAUUAGCCCCCGCCAUAUCGUUUCCGCAUCCGCCGCCGACGCAGCCGAACGAGCACCCGAGCCUGGAAAAGAGCUUCGACGCGUUCAACUGUCCCAGGAAAUUCCGGACCUCGACAAUUUUGCCCUUGCACGCCGCGCCUCGGACAGACCCUCUCAGCAGCGACAGACUCGGGAAGAACACUCCAACCCUCGUCGGGUACUUUGAACAUCCCAUUCCCUUGGGGUCGUAUUCUUCGGCCAAUUCCCCAGCCAAUGUGCGGUGCUCCUUUGCGGCUUCUGCUGUGCAGAGCUCUUGGGCCGGUCCUGCAGCAGCCAUGGCUGGGAGAAUAACGGAGCCUGCAAUUGCCCUUCCGGAUCGUGAGAGCGGAGGAUGUGCCUCCCCCAGCCUGGCUAAACAGUUUGAGAAUUUUCACGUGGCGAGGAACAAGGUGCGAGCCUCCAUCCGCGUGUCUUUUCCUAGGUCGGAAGGGGGAUUCGCCAGUUCUGCGGCUAGCCAGCAACCUUCUGAAAACCAAGAGGACUCCUAGCCUCAUCUUUACUUGCCCAAAAAAAUAAUGCUGGGCUUUGAAGGGCAUUCAAUAAACAUAGUCUAGAAUGGUAGUGCCUGGACUAGCAUGGCCACUCUAGCUAGCUAUAGAGGAGGUUACACCGGCAAGAUUAGUGAAGGCGCUGCAUAUGGUUUAUUUGUAGGAUAUGUUGAGUUUUGCCCUUCACUCUUCCCUAAAUGUAUUGAUAGCUGGAUAU